AUUAACGCGUGACCAGCGCUUUGUAAACUUGGACGCAGCUUUGCGUUAGAGUUCGAAUAGUCUACUCGCUGUGGAUGCUACAUGAGGAAUGUUUGCUAACAGAAGCUAUGGUGCUCGAGCCGCUAACUGAGGACUGACACGUAACGGAGGUCAUGAUGACCAGUCAGGAGGGAAACUGGGUUACCAAUGACACCACACUCUGCGACUGGGUAGCCAGCGACCAGACCGUGUCCCCGUGCGGAGUGAGGCAAAGGUCAACACUCUCUCUUACAUACAGUCAGCAGCAUGUAGCUCUUUAACCAGCUCGUCCCCAACCUGCUGCACAGUGUCAGUCGUCCCGGGCAUGGACAGACCCAGAGGAGUUGAACCUGCAGCGUGAUUUGAAGUCUCCAACCGAGACAGAUACUUUUGCUUAGUCUUUUGUGGAGGAGGAGGAGUUUUGCCUGGAAAACAAGUCCUCGCAUGCUGAUUUGACACGACAACAACAAGCCACGCUCUGCUGCACAGUGUGGUCCACCAGCCGGCGGACAUAAUGGCUGCAGGGGACGCAGCAGAAAGUGAGGACAGAUCGGACGCAGAGAUGGACCUGAAAGAGCUGGAAUCUGAGGCGGCUGAUGGACACCCAGACGGAGACGUGGAGAAAGUCGUCUCUGCUUCCGAGGCGCCCACAGAGGACACCCCGGACCCCGGAACGUGGAAGUGGGCCGUGAUAUUUCUGUGCUUCUAUGGUUUCAUGUCAUCGAUUCGGCCAGGGGAGGCUUUCAUCACCCCAUACCUGCUCAGCCCCGAGAAGAACUUCACCAUGAAACAGGUGACCAAUGAGAUCACCCCGGUGCUGACCUACUCCUACAUGGCGGUGCUGGUGCCGGCCUUCCUCCUGACGGACCUCCUGCGCUACAAGCCGGUCCUCGUCAUCCAGGGCAUCAGCCAGGUGGUCAUUUGGCUCAUUCUGCUCCUCGGCUCCAGCCUCCUCGAGAUGCAGCUCAUGGAGUUCUUCUACGGCAUCACUAUGGCGUGCCGCGUGGCCUACUCCUCCUACAUCUUCUCCCUGGUCAGCCCCCUCCUCUACCAGCGAGUGGCCGGAUACUCGCGCUCCGCCAUCCUCUUAGGGGUGUUCACCAGCUCCGUGCUCGGCCAGCUCUGCUUGUCUCUGGGCAACAUCACCUUCUACACCCUCAACGCCAUAUCCCUGGGAUUCGUCAGCUUCGGCCUGCUCCUGUCAAUGUGCCUGCCGUGGCCCAAGCGCUCCCUGUUUUUCAACAAACAGCGGAUUAAGGAGCAAAAGGAACUGGCUGCGUCGGCUGUCACCAAAUCCGAACUGGACCAAAUGAAGCCUAAAGAGAGCGAGUCGCCCUCUGCAGCUCCUCCGUGCACCGCGUCGCGCUGGAAGGAUCUGGUCCUGGUGCAGAUGCUGUUGGAGGUGAGAAACGUGGUCAGGAAGCCGAACCUGAGGCUGUGGUCCCUGUGGUGGGUGUUCAACUCCACAGGGUACUACCUGGUGUUGUUCUACGUCCACAUCCUGUGGAACAAGGUCUACCCCGCCACUGAGAACCACAGAGUUUACAACGGGGGAGUGGAGGCAGCUUCUACAUUACUGAGUGCAGUGACGUCCUUCGCGGCCGGAUACGUGAAGAUCCGAUGGAACGUGUGGUCGGAGCUGGUCAUCGCUGUCAUCACAGCCGUGCAGGCGGGUCUGUUGCUGCUCAUGGGCACCACAGACAGCAUCUGGGUGUGCUACGCUUCCUACGUCCUCUUCAGGGGCUUCUAUCAGUUCCUGGUGCCUAUUGCCACAUACCAGAUAGCCUCAUCUCUCACCAAGGAGCUGUGUGCACUGGUGUUUGGCAUCAACACCUUCCUGGGGACUGUACUGAAGAGCAUCAUCAUCCUCAUAUUCGCAGACAAGAGGGGCCUGGCACUGGAAGUGCACCAACAGUUCCUGGUGUUCUUUAUUUACUUCGUCCUUAUCACCAUCGUCUACUUCGUCUGCGCUGCUGUGGUCAUCAUCCGGCACUACAGAAACCAGCCCAAGGAAGGGGGCGUGGCCAACGGUCAGGCCCCACCUACAGAGCUCAGUGCCAUGGGAUUGAAUUCAGAGGCGGAGCCUUUUUCUAAUGGUCAAAGUGUCCGAGCGUAACUUCGAGAAAGACGAAGCUCGGCUGCUUUCAGAGGUGCACCGACAUUUUUCCGUUAAUUUUUCCAGAGGUGCGGCUCUAGACAAUUUCCGAAAACUUUUUCAGCCUCGAUUAAAGUCUGGAAAAUGUCCGAGUGAGCUCAAUGUGAGAGUGGAGCAGGAAAAUGUCCAGAAAUUUCAUAGCGAGCGAGUGGAAGUGUUGAUGUAAUUUCUAACACGCGUCGGGUACAAAACUGGAAGAAUUCAAAUACCUCAGGAGGAAAAAGAAGAUUUCAACUUGGGAAUACAACGAGAUUCCAGAGUUUAGAGCCGACGUGUUGUAAAUAUGAACAUGUGAUCACCACAGCGGAGUUUAAACAUCAUGUCCUGUCUCGAACGUGCUCUAUCCCGGCUCCACCCUGGCUCCACCCCCUCGCCUCAAUGUCUACUGUUGUUGCUGCAUCCUUUACGUGUCAAACGCAAAUUCUAGAUAAUGUCCGCACACAAUUUGUGGCACAUUUUGCGGAGUUCGUGUCUGUCGUCUCUUGUGAAGUCGAUGGAGAGGUGCGUUCGCUGCUGAGCCUUAAUCAUAGAAGUGCCUCAUGUUCCCGUCUUGGGAGAGUUGUGUAUUUGUUCCUGUUUGGAUGCUGGUUUGUUGUGAGAAGGAAAAUCUUCCGACACUAUCUAAGCUCCAGUGUAAAGACAAACCACAAGGGGCCAAACUUCAGCUCCUGUUGUAUUUUGUAUAGGAAACGAAUCUGAAGCUGUAACAUUAUGAGCUGCCCUCUUUCAAUUCAUUACUGUGUGAUCACUGAAAUGGUUUUUGGAUCAUUAGCCUUGUUUUUAUCAUCAACACUCCUGAUGCACUUAAUGUUAGAUCAUCACUGUGUUAGUGCCAUUUGAAAAGAAUUGACCGCAUCAGUAUAACUACUCUACACAUCUGAAUAGUUUUCACAUCACACGGUUAUGAAAUCAGAUCAUGAACGGUACUUUCUUAUGACUGAGUAUUGGGGCCACUUCUAGAAAAACUAAAAUCAUAGAUCUAGGGAUUAAAAUAAACAUUACGAGAAUGAGGUCUUAAUAAUAUGAGAACUCUUGUGGGUUCUCAGUACAGGAUCUUUUUUAAAAUACUUAUAUUGUUGAAAUAUAAAGACUUUUUUCUAAAGUUAUUACAACUUUCUUCUCUUUUAAAUUAUGACUUUAUUCUCUUAAUCUCAUUAAAUCAGACCUUAUUCUUCUGUAUUUUUUCUCAAACAAUAUUCUUUAUUUUCUCUAUUAUGACUUAUUUCUCUGAACUAUGAUUUAGUUUAUGAAAUGUAUGGCUUUUUCUUCUCAGUAAAUUAAGAUUUUACUCUUGUAAUAUUUAAUUGUUAAAAUUAAAUUGCAAAUAUAACUUUAUUCUUAUUCCCCUAUUUUAAUUUUAGCUUUUCUUAAAGUGACCCUAAUACUUCGUCUGCAGAUUUUAUAAUGAUUUGAUUUUUAAUAGAUUUUUAUUACGGUUUUAACACUAAUAAUGUUGACGACCAUUUUUAAUGUAGAAAAAUACGGUACACAAUACGUUGAGUAGGAACAAAAUCUAAAAUGAAACUUUUAUCACCACAUUGGUUUUCUUCAGUAUCUCAGUCAAUAUUCCUGCUGCUAAUUCUCUGCCUGGUUCUCGUGAGGAGACGGAGCUCAGAGACGAGCCCCCCCCUCCUCACACCGGGGUCAAAACUCUGCUAUUUUUACUAUCAGAGUCUGAAGAAGGUGCUGGUCUCCAGCCCGAGGGGAACGUGGGAAUGUAACACACGUUCAGCAAGAAAGACAACUCAACACAACACUUCUCAUUCUAGCUUCUGUUUGUCACGUUAACUGAGCUGUGACCUGGAUUACAUUCAAAAUGUAUAGAUAUUUUUUACUUUGAUUUAAAUAGUUGCUGAGAAUUGAUGAAACUGUGAAUCUGUCUGAAUGCUGUAAAAGGAAAACUGAUAUUUGAUAUGACUCAUAUUUUGUAUUCACAAAUAAAUGACAUUUGGUGGAUAAAACAAA